AUGGCCAUCACAGACAAAAUCCACCCCGUGUACGGCCUCUGGUUCCUCUGGAUCGACCCCUUCCUGACCGUCAUGGGCAUGUGGGGUAACCUGUUCGACCACAACCUUGCCACGCAGGCCUUUUUCGCCAAUUACCCACCCACAGAGCAGCUGAAAUGCUUCCUGUACCAGAUCGGCGGCAUGGGCACGUCGUAUCUGAUCAUCCAACUCACGCUGCUACGCUACACGCACGAUGUCAACAUCUGGAAGAUGGUGCAGCUUGCUAUUCUGCCUGCGGACUUCACCAUGCUCACGGCUAUAUACGUUGGAAUGCGCAUCUCGGGGAACCUUGCGCUGGCGGAUUGGCGGUGGGAAGACUGGUUUAGUAUUGUCAUCACAGGCAUUUGUACCGUCUUGCGCAUCGCGUUUGUGCUGGGCAUUGGGAUAAAUGAUGCUAGGGGAAGAGUCAAACGGGCUUAG